AGGUAAACUGUUAUACACAAGGAGAAACUAUUCAACAAUCAAAUAGAAAUACAUGCGUAUGAUUUUAUUAAUUCAAAUUUCAACUUUAUCAAGAGAGAUUUACUUUUUGUUGAUGAGUAAUAUUGUAUGUUAGUUUGUACUAUAUAUAAGAUGAAGACUAUAAUCUUAUCAGUACUUGUUUGUGUUAUAAGUAAAACGUUCUGUUGUCCACCAGACUGUUCAUGUUCUAUACAGGAGAAGAGUGUAAAUUGUUAUGGUAGAAAAUUAACAGCACUUCCGGUCAAUAUUCCAAUGGAUACAGAGAUAUUGGAUUUACGAAGCAACAGUAUAUCUAGAGUCACAAAAUCCUCUUUCCAGAAUUUUACACAACUGAAGAAACUACAAUUGGACUUCAACAAAAUAACAAAACUCGAAGCUGGAACAUUUAAUAAUCUACCAUAUUUAGAAAUUAUUGGUCUGGGAACUAAUUCUAUAUCAACUAUACAAAAAGGUGUGUUUUGGCAUUUACCUAGUGUUAAAUCGAUUGACUUAACUAACAACUUUAUAAUUAACUUAUCUGAGGGGUUUAAGAACAUAACUAACAUUAAUAGAAUUGAUCUCCAUGGAAACAGAAUACAAAAUAUUAAAAAUGAAGAUUUCCGUGACACUACUAGUUUACUGGAUCUUAUUCUCUCCAACAACAAGAUAACUCAGAUUAAACGCAAUGCUUUCCGGUCACUGAUAAAAUUGGCUUACCUCUCAAUCAAAGGCAAUCCUCUGAAAAAAGCAGACGGGUUGUUCUACAAAAAUGAAUUAUUAUUAUACAUGGAUUUAUCUGAUUGUCAACUAAAGAGUGUUCCAAAAGGACUACCUGAUUCUAUACAACAUUUACAAUUAAACCAAAAUAACAUCACUAGAAUAAAAUCAAAAGAUUUUAGAAACAAACUAUAUCUACGAAUAAUCGUAUUGGAUGAAAAUGAAAUAGUGAGUAUUGCGCCUGGUGCCUUCAGCACACAGAAAAACUUACUACAGUUGUGGUUAAAUUCCAAUAAACUGACAAAAUUUCCUUCACCUUUAUCAGCAACGGUUACAAAUGUUUUAAUUUCUAACAACAAAAUCAGUAAAUUAGCUCCGAGAGAUUUUCCUGAAUAUUCUAUGAUGACUGAUCUGGUUUUAAAUGGUAAUCGUAUCCAAAGUUUUUUGCCAUAUACAUUUAAAAAUCUAGGAAAACUUAGAACCUUGUCGAUAAACACCAACAAAAUCACCAGAUUAGGAAAUAAAAUGUUUUCUGGUUUAAAAAAUCUGAAACUACUUUCCAUUUCAAACAAUCGAAUCAACUCAAUACAAACUAACUGUUUCUUUGGACUGUCAUAUCUCAAUGAAUUGAGACUAGCAUCAUUUUUAUCGAAUGAAGUUUCCAUUCAAGGUAAUAUUUUCAAAAAUAUUCCAGAAUUAAAAAUACUGGAUAUUGGCAGCAGUGAAGGUUUGGUGAAAAACAUUCUAAAAUCUGUUGAGAUGUUAAAUUCUAUGAGAAACCUAACAGAAAUAAAUCUGAAAGACAAUAAUCUGAAAACGUUAACAAGUGACAUCAUCAAUCAAUUGUCUAAUGUUCAAACAAUCAAGUUACAUGAUAACAGAUGGCAUUGUGAUGGGCGUCUAAGAUGGAUGAAAUCCUGGUUAAAACAGAAUGUUAAGAAGAUUUAUAUGAUGGAUGGUAUCACUUGCUAUACACCUCGAAAUUUACGUAACAAAAAAAUUCUAGAUCUGAAACCAAACCAAUUUGCGGCUGUCACUACACCAGUCUCCCCUCCUACAUUCAUGUCAACUACUGAUGUUUUCCACAUCUCUAACCUCGUGAAUGUUGUAACUGAACGAGUAACUCAGGCCAGCCUCAACAGGAAAGCAACAACAACAAUAAAAACAACAGGCAGCAAUACACACAGAAAAACAACAAGACAACCAACUAAAAGAAAGACACAUAAAAAUGAUAUGGAAACUUCAAUUCCAUACACACCAGCAUCUUUGAUUCCCACCACUUCAAUAAUAAUUCGAGAAAUUAUCACUGAAGAAAGAAGUAUAAAGAAUAAAUCCCAAACAACAAUGGAUGUAUUAAAUGAAGUAUCCACAUCAACUAUUUCAAUAUAUGAUUCAGAUUCACUAUCUACACUAUCAUUAAAUACCAUUGACAAAAUAAACAGCUCACAAACAUCACUGAUGGCAGACGGUUACAGAAUUAACAAUAAAACACAAUCCACUGACAUUUCAACAAAUAAUAAAAAGAAAGACUGGGAUGGCCAAUCUAAACAUCUAGAAGAGGCGAAAAAUUUUAAUCUGAUUAUAAUAAUCAUUGCCACGUCAUUGACUUUACUCUUUAUCUUGGUCGUCAUAAUAAUAGUCGUUAUUAUCUGUCGUAAACGUGAAAAAGUUGUCUAUCAUCGUGCUGUACAGUAUGAUAAAGAUAAUGGAGAUGUUUUUUUUGUAGGGGACAACCCAUCAUGUGCUGCUACUUUAAACAAACAAUCUCGCAAUAAUUCACGAUCUCGAUCAGAGAGAGGUUCCACAUCUUCACGACCUAGUGAAGAUAUUACUAGUGAACUAGAAUCAACAAUGAAGAUAUAUAGUUUAGAUGAAGAAUAGGAUACUGUAUAGUAAUAUCAACAAUAGUACCUGGAUAUAAUUGUCCUAAUUGUGUGAAAUACAUGUAUUUGUUGAACAAAAAUAGUAGAAAAUAUCAAAGGGAAAUGAAAUGAAAUGAAAUGGGGUUUAACGUCCUACUGUUCUGCUCCUAACCUGGGCUAAUGCAGACGGGCAUACGCCAUACAGUGUGCUAUGAGGGAAAUUUUGCCCGGACAGCGGCACUACGGUCUACUCUUAUAUCGAAUUCCAACUGCCAAGGGAUCUUUUACGUGCACGCCGAUGUGUACACGGGACAUCGGUUUUUCGUCCCAUCCGAACGACUAGACAGCUUUCCUUGUCAGCCCCUCCGUCCUGCAUCACUGACAAGGGAGAACCACGCCGGAAAAUCUGGAUGAACUUUCUCGGCCAAUGCAGGGAUCGAACACCCGACCUCCAGGCUAGCGAGCCAGCGUCUUACCCACUUAGCCACGUGAUCCCCAAUAUCAAGGUAAAUUCAACUAAACAUGAAAUGGCAGAAUAAUCUGGGCUUGAAAUUCAAACAACAGCGAUUCGUUUAUUGGAAGAUACAUUAUCAGAAAUGAAAAAAAACCCCAACUAACUGUCACUUAAUGCAUGAUACAUUACAUGGUAAAUGAUAGUUGUUCUUAGCCUCUGGUUGUAAAUCACAUGAUCAUUUGCCCAAUUUCCUAAACUUUUAAUGAAAAGCUAUACUACCUGAAGCAAAUUUAGAAACUGAUGGCAAAUACCAUCAAAUUGAUAUGGCUGUCCAUGACCAUAAAUCUUUCACUUGUCUUAUCUUUCACUUGUAUUUUUUUUAGUUAUUGACAAUAGUUUUGUAGGUGUGUUGGAACACUGUAUGGUUAAUUUAUUUAGUGUUACAGGUUAUUACAUUAUUCAAUUUUCAAAAAUAAAACCACCCUUGAUGGAGGAAAAUGGAUUUGUAAGGGUAAAUCAAAGGCUGUUAAUUGUAUAUAAAACAAAUAUAUUCCUGUGAGGUGUUUUUAAAAUAUUUCUGCCAUGAAUACCAGUUUCUACACUUGCUCAAUUUGAGGAUAUCAAGCCCUGACUCGAGUUAUAAUAUACUAGAAAGUUAGCACAAGUUCAAUAUAUUGUAUAUUUCUGUGUACAAUAUUAAAUGUAUACAAUGUAAUAUGACACAUUAGUAGAUUAACCUUUUGAAAAUAAAACUUCUACUAAUUAA